ACUUUAAUUAGAAAGCCACUUCGUCACAUGAUAAAAAUGGCGAUUAAAGGUCUCGUCCUUGGUCUCCUUUUUUGCUUGCUGUCCGUAUCCUCUGGUGAACAACUCACCCCCUUUGUUGCCUGGUCGAACAAGGACAUUCUCAAUGGUGUGACUCUAGAGAGCACUGAUUUGGACCAGAUACUCUCCGUAAUCUUACCUAGAGCAAAAGAUGUGGAUUCCAUUGUUAUAUUUGCUACUGAAGAGCUCACUUUUGAUGAUUUUAACAAACAAUUCGGUGUUUAUGACGAGUUGUCGUCAGAGCUUAAAGGAGCUGUACUGAAAUCAUCUUCAUACUAUUGGACUGGUGUCAGUGACACUGGCUCUGGAGACUGGGUAUCUAGACUAGCAUCCUCUCGGGGGACAACAGUCCAUCGUAUAAGAGGUUCGGCACGAAAGGGACUCGAUCUAAAUGGAGUGAUUGUGGUAGAGCUUGACUCCGUGGACAAUCAAGAUGCUGUUAUUGGUGAACUCAUGAGCCAAACAGACGACAAGUCAUUUCUGGCUGUGUACACAUCAUCCCUCCUAAAGGAGCGACGGGACAAACGUGAUAUUCCUCUCAUGGAGUUUGAGAGAGAACUUGAACCUCGUGCAGUUACUCCCUCCACUGAAAAUACUGAUACGUGCGGUUCACUGAAAUGUAAUGGAACCGAGGAGAGUCUUCUGUUCUGUCUCAUUGAUGCCUAUGUUUAUUAUGAUAUUGAUGGCAAUGGGCGAGUUAAUUGUUCGCUUGAUGCCUCUCAGGCUAAUUUUACUUAUUGCUGCAGUGGUGAUAUCUCACCUGAAUGUAAUGACACCACUCCAUAUGUUGCUCUCUCUUAUCCUUAUAAUAACGAUACUUGUAGAGGUGAUGAUUACAUCAAUGAGGGUACCAUUUCAAUAAAGUUCUCUUUUGAUGUCGAUUCAAAUGAAUUUUGGUCUAUCUCUAUGACUGCCAAUGUUACCAAUGAGAGCAGCGUGUGCGUUUUUGAUGAUAUGCAGAUGAGUAGGCAGGAGUCUAAACUCUACUAUCCUUUCAAGAUGAGUCAAAAGUCAAGCUAUGCCUGCUCUGCUACUUAUUACAAUAAUUACACUCAAAAUAUAACCAGUGCCAACGCUACAUCCGAUUGUAGCCCAGGAAGCAUGAUUUUUGUCAUUUUCAAAAAUUUGCAGGUCCAGCCAUUCAGCGUGUCUGGCAAUACUUUUUCGACUGCUUACAACUGCGAGGGUUAUUUCACUCCUACGGCUUGGAUGGGUGUGGUAGCUGUGGCCAUACUCAUUCUAAUACUCUAUCUCUCAAUCGUUUCCGUCUUUUCUCUUCAGACUAUUAAUCAGUUUGAAGACCCUCGCGGCGAGAGUAUUAAUGUGGAAAGGCUUCAUUAGUGAUAGUAGCGCAUUGCUAGGCGCAUGUCUUGUGUGUAUCUACUAAACAGUUUUAACUAUAUAGAACUUAAUGUUAUUAUUUGUAAUUAUAAUUUAAAAAAUAUUUUGAUUUUUCUAGUCACGCCCAGCUAGGUAAA